AUGUCACAUGGAAGAGUAAAGGAAUUAGGAGAUGGUGAAUUAUUCUCAGAGUUGUCUGCUGCAGGUUCAAAGUUGGUUGUAGUUGACUUUACGGCCGCUUGGUGCCCUCCGUGUAAGGCCAUUUCUCCUCGUUUCGUUGACCUUUCAAAUGAAUAUCCAAAUGUUGUAUUUUUAAAGGUUGAUGUUGAUAAAUGUAGAAGUACAGCACAAAGUUGUGGAGUAUCAGCAAUGCCAACAUUCCAUUUCUAUAUUAAUAGUAAAAAGAUUGCAGAGUUUAGUGGAGCAGACCCAAACAAGCUCAAGAGUUACAUUGAGCAACACCAAACCAAACCAUCUUUUGCAUCGAGUGGCCAAGCACUUGGUCACGGUCCAGCUCCCACCCAACAACCAAAACUUGUACUUUCAUCCAACGAAGCCAAUCCAGCUUUGGUACGUGAGUUGAUUGAAAUGGGGUUCCCAGAAAACAGAGCUAAAAAGGCUCUCAUCAUUGUAAAGAAUUCAUCUUCUCAAGCUGCUAUGGAUUGGAUCUUUGAAAAUAUGGAAAAACCUGAUAUUGAUGAUCCAAUUACAAAUAAUAAUAAUAACAAUAAUAAUAACAACAAUAAUAAUAAUUCUUCUACUACAUCUUCGACAUCAACAGCACCAGUUGUUCAUGAUGCACUUUGUGAUAUUUGUCAUAAACAAAUCAUUGGCAUUAGAUAUAAAUGCAAGGUUUGUCCAAACUAUGACUUGUGUCAAGACUGCAAGGAAGGUGGCAAGCAUCCAGCCGACCACGAGUGUGUCGCUCAUGACAAAAACAUUGAAAACUAUGUGAUGACACCAGAAGAGAGAGCAUUGCAAAAGAAAAAGUUGGAUGAAAAGGUGAUGGAAUUACGUCGUAUCAAGGCUGAAGACGAAGCCAAACGCGAGAUUGAACGUGAAAUUAGCAGAAGAUCAAGUGGCAAGGAACAACAACAAUCACUCCAAAAGUGGCAAGACGACCAAAUGAAAAAGGAACAAGAAAAGAUCAAAAAGGAAAAAGAGGAUGAGUUGAGAGCCAAGAAACGUAUCAAAGAAAAGAUUGAACAAGAUAGAUUGGAAAGAUUGGCUAAAAAGAAUGCUAGUUCUGGAACUACACCAGCUGUUGUAGCUGCUGCUCCAGUUGCUGUUACACCAGUUGUUGCUACCACUACACCAGCCAAUUACUCAGAGGUAACUAUUCAAAUUCGUCUUCCAACUGGGUCUGCCAUCAGAGGAGUAUUCAAACCAUCGGAUACACUCCAAGUAGUCUACCAAUACAUUGUUGAAAAGGGUGACCAGGGAAGCCACUUUAAACUCUCUACUUCCUAUCCUCGCAAGAUUUACACUUCCGACGAAUUAAAGACUACCACUUUAGAAGCUGCUGGUCUUGUUCCAAAUGGAACUUUAAUUUUAACAAAAUAA